CCUGAUGGCUGCUAUUCAAAACCAUUUGCAAAGCCUGUUGUCAAGGAUGUAAAACAACUUCUAUUCUCGGGCCUUGGAAUCGCUGCGCGCACGUCUUUCUCUACCAGCUUCUCUAUGAUGGCUCGAACAUCUGCUAUGCUGAGAUUCACCCAGUUAGAUGAAGAAGAUUUUGCUCUCCCACCUGAGAUUGUAGCCAGCUGCAAUGGAUACCAUGGAAAAUAUUUAACCUUGGUCACACGCCAUAACAAACCAGUGAAUGUUAGGCUCGAAAAAAGAGGCCAGUCAUUCUAUAUCUGCAAAGGUUGGAAAAAAUUUGUUGAGCUUACUGGCUUACGCGUUGGACAAUGUAUUAGAUUCAGUGUUUCUUCUCCAUCAACACUUGAUCUCCUCAUACUUGACAAGCAUGGAGUUCCCAAGCUUCCCAUGCCUGCUUCAUCAGAAGAACACCUCAGGUUCAAAGCAAAAAGGUCUAUACACCAAAACAGCAAAGGCCAUUCAUCCAGUCAUGGUCCAGAGUCAUCGUCUCCUAUCAAUCACAGGAUCAACAAAUCAGGUCAACUCACUAUCCAUGUCUUUACUUUCAAUUACGCUCCUCUUUUAAUCCUAACGAAAUUUCGGUUCGUGCGAAUAACAUGACGCCACGCAACAACGCUAUCUUUUAAUCGUACAGAUCAACCUAUCAUACCACUUCUGCAGUUCUAUACCUGUCUAUGCAUGUAUGCUCCGCCUUUGAUUCGAUCAGAUGGCUAUCUUUCCAUCUGUGUAAUGCUCUAGGCACCUUAGCUGAUCUUCAUCAUGUGGAUCAAUAAACAAAUUUGCGUUUAUUAUAACACCGGUCAUCAGCCUAUGUUACUGUUCUUACUUUGAACCACACCGCUCCACAACUGAUCCACUCGCAUUAAUUUUGGUCCUAUCUUCAGGACCUAAGCACACUACCGCCUAAAAUAUAUUGGGGCAAUUGUGUUUCUGCCCUUACUUUACAUCUCAA